AUGAAAAAUGCGAAGUUCCGGAGCGGCCAGGAGACAAAUGCUCGACGUCAGAGUCGUCAACGUCUCACGGUGGCCGGCCGGCAGACGACGUCGUCUCCGGAGACGUCGGCGGCAAUUAGAGCCGCGGCUCCUGUCUUAUCCAUUCGCCAAAUCAACCCGCCGCAACGUUUUUUUUUCCACUCCUGCUCGUUGCUAUUUUUUCCUUCGAGUGGUCUCAAAGCGAAAUUUAUACAAAACAAAUCGUUUCGUAAGAAAAUGUCAGGAGAAAAAUCUGGUCAUUAUUUUUUUUUUGCUUUGAUUUUUCAUGCCUUUUUGAAAAUCUCAGCUACCUGUAACCCUUGCAUGACCUGGAAUCUCGACUAAUAAAGAAAUCGCCUCGAGACCUUUCUCUAAAAGAAAAGUCCCCUGCUCUGAAAAUCUUGUAUUCAUUUUAAUUGGAACACAGAUUUUAGGUAUAGGUUCAUAUUUCAAGCCUCAUUCCAUAACCAGCUGGUUUUGAACUUUAGGAACCGGUUGAGUUUGAAGGUAACGGUCCUGGAACCGGACGGAGUCUAAAGUAACCUAAAAACCUUCUCGGAAUUGAAUACAAAACGUUUCUCAUCAAAGUUGGUAUGAAACUGUAAGCGGGGAUCGAACAUUUUUCGAUGAAAUAAAUCUCAAAGAUAUUUAGGAAAAUUUCUGCACGUCAUUGAUCGAAAAGUUUGUCUGCUUCAGAUCAAAGUUUUGACCUGGCGCCAUUUCUUGGACUACACAACAACUCCAUAAUAAGAAUGAUAAUUUUCCUCUUUUCCCGUUUAGUUUUCCGUUAUUUUUUCAUUCAUUCGAGUUACAUUCUUUCAAAACUUGUUUCAAAUGUGUUAUGUUUGCCAGUUUGGUGGCGCUUUCCACAAGGAAACGAGUUCUAGGCUUUCAGUUUGGUAGAUUUACAGUUUUCAAGUUUUUAUACGUUUCUAAUAUUUUAAAGCCUCCUUUUUUUACUGAGAACGUUUUUCUUUCAAAGGUGUGGAGUUAUGUGAGAAUAUCAAGUUCAUGAAGUUCAUAAAGUUCAAUUCUUGAUAAUUGCAGAAGAAGUUAGGUUCACUCGAUAUUUCCACAGAAAUUCCUUUCAGAGAGAAAAUUUUUAUCUCGAGGUUUUUUGAAAUUGGCCAUUGCGAGCCAGAAAACUUCAUAAACGGCAGGAAGAGCGUCAUUGGCUCUCUUCAAAAACGUAUUUUGAGAGCUUGAUAGUUUUUUGUUUUGUUCUGAAUCGCUUUUUUUUCGUUUUCAGUCAUCAUUUUCGAAAUAAUUAUUGAGGUCUGAAAGGUUUGAACUUGAGGAAGUCAGAAGGAGUUUUCAAAUAUUCAGUUUAAUUACAAGAAAACUGAAAACAAUCGCAAGUUAACCUUCGAACACCUUUUCGCUUCUUCAAAAAUAACCUCUCCAGAUAAAGUUUUCGAAAAUACUCUUGAAGGCCUUUUUUCCAAAAAAAAAAAACAGACAUUCUGGAAAUUUUAAAAACAGCGAAAGUUCAAAAAGAAAAUAUAUCAUUUCAUUUCAACUAUAAAAUAUGAAAAUUGAAAUUCUAUAUUCCCAGCCAUAUUUAUAAACAUUUUCAGCCUAUUGUUUACUACCUGCAUUUUCGUCUCUGCGAAAUUCGUGAAUCGGAAAGCUCCCUUGGAGUUGUCAAACCCAUGCAUUUCAAAAAAUAAGCAUUUCCAUCAACCGUCGCCUUUUUUCACGCCGUGAUGCUUUGAAAUCCAAAAUCCACGCCUUUUAUGCGUUUUUAUUCAUACGUCAUUUAUUUUAGAACAAAAACAGUUAUGACUUCUAAACCUCCAUUUUGUCGCAUUAUUUCGCUAGGCCCUCAAUGUCAGAAAUUAACAAGCUUCAUUUCGAAUUGGAUAGAAUGAAAGAAGCUUUUAACAGCCAAUAAAUGUGUAAACCCUCAAAAAACAAGGCUCUCGUUUUUUAUUAUGUACAUUCCAGAGAGGAAACAAAGGAAGGAAAAAGGUCCUGGUUGCUAAUUUUUCCUUUUUCCGCCUAUUUUCAAAACUUCACACUUGCCAGACUUGCAACUUCUAUUCAUGGACGAGAAAAUUGUUUGGAAAAUUCUUUUUUUUUUUCGAAUUGCUCGAACUAUUUCGUAGUUUCGGAAGUUUUUGAGGAAGUUAUGAGUUUGAAAAAAGUAAUUGUUUUGGCGAUAGAGCGCCUUUUUACACCUGCUUUUUGACUUUCUUAGAUCGCUUAUUCGUUUUACGAAUUUCACGCUUCUUUUCUUGGCUAAUGAUUCAAAUUUUAUCAAGAUUCGGCGGAGGAGAUGGAAAAAAUUAGAAAAUUUAAAAAGCAAAAACUUUUUAUUAAUAAGAUAAUGAUUUUUGUGGAGCUACGAUCAUUGAGAAAAUUAAAAAUACUCAUUUUUCUCCAUACAAAAAUUUCGAACCUUGCUUUUUACCUCUAGAAAUUUUCUAAUUCCACCUAUUCAUCCUCUUCUUCCCCUUCCCAUGGAGCUCUUCCCAAGCUUCUCUUUUCAAAUUACAGCCCGAGGACAGAUUUAUGUUUGAAAUGAGAAAAAACCUGAAGAGGAGCCCACGCCGCCAUUAUAUAUCUCUGCUCGUAAAAAAGCUCUCAGCUACAUUUUCUUUUUCUUUGUCGCUUCCAUUUUCGUGUUCGGUUCGAAUAAGGAGUUUCAUUCAGAGAUGGAGCAUUUCCUGGCGUUGUGCUGUUUCGGCGGCCAGCCUUUUGCCGAUUUUCACAUUCAAGAUACGCCGAUCGACCCCACAGACUGGUCUGCUGAGCUUCUACAAGGUUUGUUUGAGAAUUUCAAAGCUUUGACUGACUGAAAUACUUCUUUAGUGUUCACUUGGAAGAUAAGAAUCAUGUAUUCAUUGGUUUUUUUGUAGAGAGUUGAAUCAGAAGCCGUGCUUUCAUAAAAUAAAUAUCUCUAGGUUGAUCCCAAGCCUUUUAGCGGCCCCUAAAAGGAUUUUUCAGUCUUAAUUUGAGACGAGUGAUCCAUCUUGGUGCUCCUAUUUUGACACUUCGGCUCAGAGACGGUAUUCUCCGAAACCGAAUAUUAAGUUUAGGUCGAUUUUAAGCGGUUUAGCGAUCCCUUAAGUUGGUCGCUCAAUUUUCGGAGCGUUUUAGUGAUCACUCAAGUGGUAUGAUUGAUUCUUUUUUCGGAUAGUUGAAGCUGUUUCUCAUAGGCGCGGCUCUUAUAAAGCUUGGGUCAAGGUCUAUGUCAAAUUUAAGCCUUCUAGGGGACCCUGAAGGGAUUUUUCAGUCAGUUGAGGUAAUAUAUUGGUUUUUGAGCUCGAUUUUUUCUCAGCGUUUGAGUGAUCACUCAAGUAGUUUCAGCGAUUCUUCAGUGUUCACUCAAAUGACUAGUCCGUAUUUUUUCAGGACUACGGGACAAAAAAAUCGCAAAACGAGGCUAAAUUUUUUUUGGCGUUUUUUAGGCAUUUGAACUUGCAGAUUUUUAUGGAAAGCAGCUUUAUCGCAUAAAAUUUGCACGAAUUGUUAGGAUUUUCUUAUCUUUGAUUUUUUUCUUUUUUUAAUUUAAAAUCAGAGUAAUCAAGAUUAUUUGCCAAUAUUAAUCUCAAAAAAACCUAGUAUUAAUCUCAAAAAAACCUAGCAUUAAUCUCAAAAAAAUAAUAAUAAUAAAUUUUUUCCAGUUCCGCCAUCCAACUCGUCGGUCUGGCUCAAUGUUUCGAUGCCCCUGGCCGUCGAACCGCUCCUCGAGUUCUGCCAACUCUUCAACAUAACUUUCACGAGUGUCGCUGACCAGUCGCUCUACGAUGACUAUAAAGCCGAGUUCUCUUGUCGGUAAGAAGAAAAAAAAACCUUUUUGAGCCUGAAGUUUGAAUGUUUUGAGUCUUUGAAGAACCGGAUGUACUCUUCUUCCACCAGGAUAAUGAAAAAAGAAGAAAAAGAACGAGUUCUCAAAUUCUUAGAGUUCACCACAAAAAUUAACUAGCAUUUCCUCUAUAGGGGUCACUUUUGCAAACUUUAGUGGCCUCUUCAGGGGGAGGUAGAGUGGUCCUUAGAGGGCAGUUUUCAAGGACCCCUAAGGGUACCCUUAUAGAGAUCACUCUGGAGAUACUAUGAAUGUAGUAUUCUUAUGCACUCCCAAAAGCACAAAAUCAGAAAAUUCCAGAUUUUGGUCUGUUUCGAAAAGGCAAAGCUUUUUUCACAUUACCCUGGAAAGUCGUUUAUCAUGUAUCUUUUAUACUAGAAUAACAGUUUUAUUAGUAAUACCCAGCUGUAUCUUCCAUUAUGCGUAUUUUCUUUCAUCACAAUGCAAAGGAGAUCUGUGCCGCAGAGGUGGAGAAAUGGCGCCCCUAAGCGUUUUCAAACGUUUACAUUUUUAAACCGACGUAGGCCGCCAUGGCCAUUUCUUAAUAAGCCGCUGCCCAGGGCGCCCGGGGCCAAAACCGCGAUGGCAAAAAAACGCCAUUGGAAGAAAAAGAACGCGCAAAAAUCGGAAUCUUCUAAAAUCUUGUAAAAUCGUUGUUUUCGAAGCUUUAAAAAAAGGUUUUUUGAAUUUCCAAUUUGGUGACGACGGAAAUUUAUUCUCUCACUAGUCAGCGGGUUCGUAACCAUAAAUCUGGAACAUUUCGCCUAAAGAAAAGAACAAAUAUAACCAUACUUCACAUAAAAAAAUUCAACUGGACAUCAUAUCCACUGAAAAAUUGAAAAAAACUAUUGAAAAAAUUGCGAAAUCCACGAUUUAAUGAAAAAAGAACAAAAAUGACCAUUUUCGCCCUACUUUUGCAACGUGGUAUUAUAUUCCAAAUACUACGAAACGAUCACACAGCUUAUAGCUGUUUGCCCUUAUGGUCUGAACUUUAAAUUCGGCGUAUACGUGAUCUAUCAGAUCGCGUGAGCCGAUCUCACGAGCUUUGCGUAGUGAGACUCAUUCCCAGCUGUUCAAAGCUCUUCGGUCGACGCGACUGAUCAUCAGAUCGGUCGGGGUCCUGUCGGAGUCAGACAGGAUCCUGGUGAGAACCAGGAGAUCUCGUUCACCUGGUUCGAACCAAAAAUCGGAUCCAACAUGGAACCGAGGUCAGAGGCCCUGUGAUACACAACCCACAGGGACCGCGCUUAAACCAACGGAGACUGAUAUCCGUAAAUUAAGCGAAAGUGGAUCCGUGAAGGAACCAAGGCCCGGGGUCUCACUGACAGUCAGAGUCACUACCCGGACCAGAGCAACAAGAAACUGUUGAUCCCAAAUAGGACCAAUCCUGGAACUCCGAAGUAAAUUUCGUCGAGAUCCGGGUCCUCGGGAACGAAUCAGGCAAGGACAAAGAAGUUUGUCAACCUGAGGAAAACCAGUUGAGGUUUCCAGUAACAAACUGAAGCCGUUGGUUAUGCCUAUAUCAGACACGAGGCGAUUGGCGAACAGGAAGUGCAAUCCUGAACUAGCCAGAUGCAUGUCACCUUGAGAAACCAGGGUUCGACUAGAAUCCUAUGAAAGAAUGCAGAUUAUUCAAUCCAUAAAUCCGCAAGGAUUCUACGCACUUUGAUCAUAGUGCCCCAGAAGCUGAAAUUUCUGGAAACAUGAUUCUGUCUGACGGUGUAGUACUUCUCGGAGAAGAGAAGGCGUCAGAGGAGUUUCAUUGCGAUCCUCGCUGAGUGAGAAGCGGUCAUCAGAACCCACAUUCCAUGAGGAAAGAGGAUAACAUACAAGGCAGAAGUAUCCGCAAUGAAGCACAGAGGUAUGCUGGAAAGCAGUAAAAUAUGCUGAUGAUAAGCCAGGUUCAUAACUGGGCUGCCAACUCCCAGGAGAUACAUACGCGCUCGCAACAAAGAGAGCGGUAUCUCCAGUUCCUGAACAGAAGGAUGAUGCCGACUGAUUUUUAGUCGAUUUGGAGAUAAUCCAAAAUGAGACAUAGAGGAGAGUAUGGCAUAAGCUCUAUAACCGAGAGAAUCACGACGCGGUUCGUCGUCAAAGACGAUAGAUUCCUUGAACCUGGCGAACACAGUAGCGGAAAGAGAAGCUACUUUGCCAGUUCCUAGAGCAGGAGGAAGAUACGAUAUCUAUCGAAUUUCUGAAAGCUCCGUUUGUUUUUCUAAACGUUCUUCAUUAGAAGAUAGGAGCGAAAUACCUCAGAGAAGUCAAUCAUUUCAAUACGAUCCAUAAGAAAGGAUUUUUUCUCGAACAAGAGAAACGGAGCGUGUUGACAGGAAAUCGCACUAAAGCAGAGUCGCGACGCACGAGAAAGCUUCGAGCACUCGACCUCGCCAAGAGGAAAAAAUUUUCCUAAUUGUGGAAAUAAAGCCAACAUCGAAUAGAUUGAAUCGAACUAUUCCGAGAUAUUGAAGUUCAGGACGGAGGAAAAGACCUUUUCCCUGAACGUCAGUCGGUACAUCACCACUGACAGACCUCAAACGUCUCGAUAGGGAACAAGUUAGUUCCAAUUGAAUAGUCAACGAAAUCGCUGUCGAUUCCAGUCUUCUAUCGAUUAAAUUGGCAAUACAAGGAACUCCUGGCCAGAAGGAGAUCCAUUAUCCUUUGGGACAGAUGAAAUGUCCCAAAGCAAAGGACUCCCAAAGUUCAGCAUCGUGAACGCCUAUUCACGAGGCCGGGCAAACGCAAAGACUAAAGCUCCCGAGCCAUUAGAGGAAGAACGAGUUACCCUCCGUCCUGGUCAACUAUUUGAUGCGAGCACGAACCCUGAUGGUUUCUCGAUUAUCACGAGUGUUCACAACCUCUCGAAAGCAACUCGACCUCCUCCAUGAGCUCAUGUCGACGAACUGUAAAGAAAUCCGAGCUAUAAUGGUUCUGGAUCACAGAACGGUGGAUUUCAUAGACAAUCAUUGAGAUCAAUGAUUAAAGGCCUCGAAAGCCGACCGCCAGUAGAGAAGUGAUUCUCGUCCAUGGCUAGUCAACAGUUCGACAUCUUGCCAGUUUCGCAAGCUCCGAAAGCUAGAAAUGCGACAGGAGAAAAUCCAAGGCGAGAUAGCUCAGAAAUAGCUGAGAAGACAUCAGAAGGACCAGAAACAGCGAAUACCUGUUCGAGAAAAUUCCAAUACAGAAAGCUGGAAAGCCUCGAAUAUCUGGCGGAUGUACACCUUCCCGGCGAUGGCAUCAGAUCGAUGGUGAUACCUCAGAUCACCGUCAUUCAAGCCUGAUUCGAUGCUUGGCAUCGGAGAGGUAGACGGAAAACCGAUUCGAGAGGCCGCUACACAGCGAAGAAAAUUAUCACUUUCAUAUGAAGGAUCUAAGCCGCAGUCCAUUCCAGUUCCUACAAAGCGAAUUCACCCGGUUAAUGAUGAGGCUCAAUCUGUCAAUGAUCGACAAUCGCCCUCAGGAACGAGAGGUAUUGGACUCUCAGCUCCAGAAAAUCUGGAAACCAGGCUAUGAGAAAGGAACUGUGGCUCAACUCUGUAUGCGAGCAAGCAAGAACCCGAAACUCAAGGAAAGAAAAUGAGAGGGAAAAAGAGUUGUACACAGAGCUGUUCCACUCAGCCGACUAAAAAUGGAGGCUUCGUGGAUCUGAAUCAAAGAACAACUAGCAAAGUUGGAACUUGAUCCUUCGGCAAGAUUCAAAGACGUCAAGUCGGAAUAGAUCUAGCAUGCCAAAGUUACCUCAUCACUGACAAGGUGACACAGACGCUCAUAGAGACGUCCAGGGAUAAAGCCAGGAGAUCGAUCUCAAUCACUCAUAGAUGGCUAGACCAACCGGUUACUGCAUUACAAGAGUAAAUGAUGGUUUGGUAUGUCCUUUUCUCCGCAAAUGUUGAAGUUUAGUCAACGGAAGGAGACAGCCUCAGCCUCAUCUACAUGAGCCAGGAAAGCUUGAGCUCACAAGUAUAGCUGACGUAUCAGCGAUCUGGACAAGAAGAGGUUAGCAGAGAACAAUCAGAGUUCCGAGAGUGCACAGGCCAGAAUACUGACAGACAGUAUGAAGAUGCCUUGAGAAACAAGUUUGCCUACAUAAAAUAAUGAGGAUCUACUCAUUAGGUAGAAAGAGUCAAAAUGCGCAAACUUACGCUCGGAUCUGAUUCGGAUCACCAGCUCUCCACGAUGAAUAAGUAAUGAUCAUCGCGACGUGGCAUAAUACAUGCGUAGAGAGCGGGUCGUAGUCCACUCUGGCAGAGAGACAGUGUUAAAAAGUUCCAAAGAUCUUUUCGAAACCCAACAAUUUGCAUCAAAUUGUAUACUCCCUCGGAAUCCGAACCAUGGUGUGGUUCAUGGGUUGAAUGAGGUAUCGAAAAACAGCAGCUUCCAGGAAAAGGAGCGAUGAUGCUGUAUACGCUAGAAAGGCGUGAAGGAUCGUGGGAGCCAUUCCAAGGAAGCUAGACCACCUCAUGACCAAAGAAGAGGGUUGAGUCGCUGCCAGCUUCAGAAAUGGAAGUUAGGUAAAAGUUGGAGGUAUACAACUGAAGGCAAUCUCCGAACGAAAAGGUUCAAAGAAGAGAAAAAGCUUUACCUAAAAUCACUGGUCUCGAAAACGUACAAUUUCUGCUUAACCAGGAGCAGUUCUCAUGGAGAAGGAAAAUUUCCGCAGUUCAUACCCAACGAGUCCAAAGACAGGACUCAUCAACAAAUACACAUGUACGUUGCUCGAGGCAGAGGGUAUAAGCGGAUAAGCCAGUAAAAGGCUUUAUACACGUCGAUAGCUAGUACUGACGGAUGAUCUCCGAACCAUGGAGAUGAGAAUCGCGACAAGGAAGGGUUUUCUAAACAAGAUCUUCAAUGGUGGAUAAAUCCUCGGUCCGAUCGAUGCUCGCGAGCACAUCUGUCGAAGCUUUAAGAGCCACAGCCUCAAUGUUGCUUUAAACUAGCUAUGUGAUCGUUUCGUAGUAUUUGGAAUAUAAUGUUAUAUUUUUGCUAGACAACGUAGUUGUUGAAGUAAAAAUAUUUAUUAUAUCCUAAUACGUAGAAACGAUCAGAUAUCCCACCCAGUGACCUUCGAAAGAUACAGCUUAAAAGGUUCACUUGAUCCCGCCCGGACAUUGAGGCUUAGAAGUGGGUCAGCUCGAGCGAUCCUCAGCCAUACAUCGGCUUGGAGCAGGCAUUAAAUUGCCACUGAAAUCGUUCGAAAUGGGUUCCAAGAGUUUGAACGCCAGGAACAAAGGCUCAAGGUUCAAGGAAAAGGGAUACAGUACCGGUCACACCACGAGAGAAAAAGUGGGCAGGCGCACUUUCAUAAAUUCUCAUAACUGAGAAAAGUUUGAAAACAUCUCCUUUGCGCUAGACAGGCAAACCGCAAUGGUUUACCAAGGUGACGGGAACCCGGCUAGUUCAUUAAGUAUAUCUGGUAAAGAGUACGCGUAAGGAACGAAGAGCUUUGAACAGCUGGGAAUGAGUCUCACUACGCAAAGCUCGUGAGAUCGGCUCACGCGAUCUGAUAGAUCACGUAUACGCCGAAUUUAAAGUUCAGACCAUAAGGGCAAACAGCUAUAAGCUAUCUGAUCGUUUCUACGUAUUAGGAUAUAAUAAAUAUUUUACUUCAACAACUACGUUGUCUAGCAAAAUAUAACAUUAUACGCCAUCGACACAUAAUGACGCGGCUCAUUUCUUCUCAGAGGCCUGUUGGCUGAGGCGGGCAUGUUGCGCCCGGGAGGGCCCCUCAUUUCUUCCACCUCUGAUAAUUCGUAAGACUCAUCAACGCAAUUAGUUUGGUCGAAACGCGGCAAAAGUUACACAAGUCUUACCUUGCGAGAGAACACCACCACCGCGACAACAACAACAGAAGCAACUGCUCUCGGCGUAACUUUGCCUAACAUUUUACGGCGGUUUUGUGUGUGAGCCCAGAAGAGAGCAAGAGAACUAUGCAUCUCGAUCGAAAUCGCCCGUGGAAGAGGAAGAAGGAGUCAUUACAGCCCCGGUGUGCAGGAACGAACCUUCGGGGCAUUACGCCGCCCGGAUUAAACGCGAUAACGGAGCCCCGUGUUCGCCGCGCUAUCACUUUCCCGCUCUGCCCCGCUUGUUUCGUUUGCUUUUAUGGACAGGAGUUGUUGUUUUUGUAUAUUUUCGGAGUUUCUUUUUUUAAUUUAUUGAAAUUUUUUUAAAGCUCACUUCGCCGAAAUUUGAAAUACGGAUGGAUGAAUAAAAAAGUCAAGAAGAGCAAGGUUUUCAAGAGCUGAAACUAUAAGUUCACAAAGAAGGCGGUUGGAAUUGGCCGGAACACUCCUUGAUGUACCAAAAAAGGUCCGGAAAGGUUCAACUUGUCUGAAUUCUAUUUUUUGAGAAAAGGCCCAAGUAGAGAAACCCUGUUGAAAUGAGCUCUUUCGAAGUUUUGAGCUCUUCUUUCUCGGAAACGAAGAAGUUGUGAUGGUCGAGACUUACAGGAUCUUCUUUAAGGUCAUCAAAGAAUUUUCUAGUCAACUUUCAGAGAUUUCCCAAUCAAAAAGUAAAAUGACCUACCGUGUCAUUUGAAAGUCAGCUUUUUUGGAUACUUUUGGAUUUUUCGAAAGAUUUGUGUUUUUUUUUUGAAAUGAGGCUCUCAUUUUCCAGAAAUUUUUCUUCUAGGAUGAUAAAGAAACAUUUGAACAAACAUCGUGAAAAAUCAAUGAGAGGAAGAAAUAACCCAGCUACAAAUCCUUCUCCUCCACUUUAUACGUCUUCAAAAUUAUAUUCAAGCCGAUUCCAAACCCAAAAGCCGUCAAAAAUAAAGUGAUUAAUGACUUCUUAUCUUCUAGUUCUCUGCUUUCUUCUUUAUUUUCAGCGAUGAACUAUCUAUUCAUUCAAGUUUUACUGUAUAGCUGUUAUUUGUUUCUUAUCUAAUCCGAUUAGCAACUGAUAAGCUAUCACUGAUAUAUAUUUUAAAAGCUCCCGUGAUAUAAAAACUUAUGGCCACUAUGAAGAAAAUGGCAGAAUUGUAACUGGAUUUAUAAUUUCAGCUUUUGAAAGCCCCUUUUAUUGUGUCAGCUCAAAAAUUUGCCAAUCUUUUUUUCGGGAAAAUGAGAGUAUCCUCGUUUUCAAUAGGAUAUUUGAACAGAAGCGAUGCGAUUUCGAUUCUUCUCAUUUUUUGGAUUGUUCAUUUCAAAAUGUUUACUUUCACUAUUUUCUGUCAAAAUUCUAUUUUCCCAACUUUCCCGAAGUUUUAUUUAGAAGUAAAUUAUCUUUUUGUUUGUUUCGAAGGCUUCUUUCAGCUUCAAAUAGGGUCUAGAAGCCUGGCAGAAGCUCAAAAAACAUCUGAAAUUUCCGAAAACACAUGUGGUUUCAUGGGUUUUGAAAAAAUAGCCUCGAAAUGGGGCGGAGUCGGGAGCACACAUGUGCUCGCCACACUGGAGAAAAAUCAAUUCGAAAUGGCGGGCUCAUUUUUUUCCUUCGGUUGUACGGCUUACUUGGUUCGAGGAUAUGUGUAUAGUUAGGGACCGCAAAGCCACGCCCCUUUUCGCGAUAGAAAAAGUGGCUUUUUUUUGGUUUUCAACUUUCAUUUUGUUUUAGUUGCAAAAUAUAUGGAACUGAAUAAUAAAUUUUGACACACAUGUACAGAAAAGCUUCCUCUUUCGUUUAAAAACUAUUUCACGCUUUUUUGAUGCGUUCUCGCGGAAUUUCGUACAAAAACGUGAAUGCAACUAAAAAACUUUGUCAUUUUUUGCUUUUUCAUGUGUUUUUGAGGUCGAACGCACUCUUUCUUUUUUUAAAUAAUGAUUUUUGAUUCAAGUAACGGUAAUUUUAAAACAAUAAAAUAAAAAAAUUCGUCUUUGCCAAAAAUUUACGGAGCCGUAAUAAUAAUAAUAAUUUAUUCACAGAUCAGUGUGAACCCCAACGAGUUCACUUCGAUCUACAAUUUAAAUGAGGAAAGAAAAAAAGUUGAAGUAAAAAAACAAAAAAAUUGAGAUCAGUAAAGUCUUGGUGGAAUAGAGGUAAAAAAAUUCGUUGCGAGGUAAAAACGACCAAUAAUUUUUUUCAAAGAAUUAGGUGGAAGUGUGAACUGAUAUUUGGAUGUAAGUUUAUUCCAAAUAGGAAUCGUUUUGAAAAAAAGUUGUUAGAAAACUGACCUUGAGAACGUAGCCGAAGUGGAUUUCGCCUUAAAUUGGAUCUGAGGGCAAAAUUUUUCGAAUUGAGGAAAGUGAUCAUGACCAGAAACAAUUUUUUUGGAGAGUGAGGAGAUCAGAAAUAACUCGUCUAAUGUACAGUGGGGUUUGUUGAAAUUGCUCUAGACGAUCUGAAUAGGAAUCAAAGGAUAGGUUCGACCUAAUGCAAACUUUGCGGGAAAAAAAUUCUGAGUGGGGAUUCAAGCUUGUAGCAAAGGUCAGAGUUAAUAGGUGGGUUAAAAAAACUUCAGAACAAUAUUCCAAUAUAGGUCUGACGUAGGUGUUGAAAAAUUUGAAACAGAAGAGCCGGAGAUUUUUGUACGAAAAACAAUGCAGAAUUUGGUUGGAUCUAAGCGUUGCAAGAGAUACAAUAUUAUUAAUGUGCGGAGCAAGAGUGAGUUUCUCAUCGAUUAGAACACCAAGAUCACGUACAACAGAUUUAUGAGGGAUGGGAACUCCAUUAAUCAAAUAAAUAGUUUUAGGAUUGCGAGGGCCCAGGUGAAUAGCAAAUGUUUUUGUUAGCGGCAAGGGGCAAGCCCCAGGUAGAUGACCAUUCAAAAAUAGAGUUUAUACUAUGUUGGAGAGAUUCUGGGUUAGAACCGUAAAUUUUAAUGUCAUCCGCAAAUAGUGAGAUGGAGGUUUCAGGGUCUAUCAAGUUAACAAUGUCGUUGAUAAAUAUCAAGAAAAGCAAAGGCCCAGAUACAGUUUUAAUGCAGCGAUCGUUAAACGAGGCAAAAAGCGCUAAAAAAAAACAGUUUUUUCGAAGUGAAUUUCCACGGGAAGUUUGAGUAAAGAUUUGCGAACAUAUUCUGAUAAAAAUAGCUAAAUUACUUCAAACUUUUCUUUUUGAAAUAGGCAAUCUGUGCUAUCUAAACGGCUCAAGGGUAAGGCGGAUGGAAGCUCCCCUUGCUAGACCUAGCAGCUUGGCGCAGCGCGUGCGCUGCGAUUUUUCAUUUUGAGGUCGCGAGUUCGAUACCCGCAAGCGGCAGUAUAUUGUUUUCUGGAAAAUACCGACUUUUUCGGCAAACUAGCAAAUUUUCAUUCUUUUAGCACUCUAUUAUGAUUUCUUACAUCAUAAUAGACCAGUAUCAAAACUUGUUCUGGAAGAAAAAAAUCGAGAAAAAAAUGUCAAAAAAAUGGAUAAUACCAAAAUUUCAGUACUAAAAAUGGUGCGCGGCGCGCCACAUUUUUCCGUCAUAACUUUUUUUCAUCCUCAAUCUUUUUUUGAAAAAAACUAAACGGUUCUGAGUUUUUGAAUCGAAACAGCUAUCAAACCAUACAAAGCUCAAUGCUGAAAAAAAAUUUUUUUGAAAAAUUCGUCUGCGGUCCCUAUGUAUAGUUUUUUUCUCCUUUUGCUUCGGAUUUUUCAGCUAUACAGAAAAAAAUUUUUAUUUCAUUAAUUAAAAUUAUUUUUAAAAAACUGGCUCUCCAAUGAUGCAGAGAUUUUCGAAUUCCUAAGUUUUUUUUUUCUGUGUGCGGCUUUGUUUAAUUAUGUGAUCAUUCUAAUUUUAUUUAAUUUUUUAUCUCCUUUUGGCGAUUUGAAAUAUCUGACCUGUCUGCGCUCUCUUUUCCCUCUUAUCUCAGGCCAAAGAAGUUUGAGAAUAUAAUAAAGACACGAGAGCGAUUAGAGAACAAAAAAGAUGGCGCAGAAGAACCAGACUGUUUCAAAUUUUAGCGAAUUAGGUGAUUUAGAUUUGAGGUUUUAUGGUUACUUUUUGAAGAUUAAUAUUUUCAACGAUUUGAGGCUUUCAGAACCAAGAAAUUUAGACAAAAUCCCAUUUAGUACUGUAGUUUUUCCUAAGAAUGAGUUUUUUCGCGUCAGAGCUUAUUCACAUCAAAAAAAUUGUGCUCAAAACAAACAAAGCUCACGUUUAGAGAAUCAAAAAAAUUACGUCAACAUUCCUUAUUUUGGAUAUUCAUUAUUCGCAGUUUUUUUCUUCCUAGCUCUCAUCAAAAUUUCAAAAACAAUUACUCUUCUUCCCAGAGACUUUCCUGACAACUGAGUGGCACAAAACCGAGUAUAAUCUACACUAAUCUACAUUUUUUUUAUCUCGAAAAUGUCUCUUCAAUCUCAUGGAUUUCAAAAUAUAUUAUAUGACGCAUUUUUUCUAUAGAAACUGGGCGGAGUCAUCUCUACGACCUUCCUCAGUUUAUGCGGAACAAAAUCAAACAAACACGCCACAUGAAUUCAUCAUUUUGCUGUUUUUUGGAGGUUUAUGUCAACUCUUUUUUCGAUGCUUCAUCAUUAGAUGGGGAUUUUUUUUAAAACUUGUUACCUCAAAAAUGUUUCAUUGCGGCUCAAACUUGCCACUUUCAUCGCUCCACUGAUGAAAUGACUUGCAGGUGCCCAGCCGGUAGAAGCGGUACUCAUUGUGAAGUCGCGCCGCCGUCAGCACUCGCGCUCGUCUCUAAGCAAGAGUCGCAGGAUCGGAUCAAGCACUUUUUCGCGGUCAUGAUCAUCGUCGUCGCCGCGGUCCUCCUCGCCUUGUUCUGCGCCUUUUGCAUGGUUCAUCUUUAUCUUUUUGGGGGCUCGCAAAAAGGGACAAAAUAGCGUUACAGAGAAACUCUUUCAGAGCUUCCAAUUGGAGUAUUGAUGGAACUUUGCAUAGAUUUUCUUCAGAUUUCCUAACGCCAGAAAAUUUCAUCUUGUUUCCGAGUUACAUGACCUUCAAAUUCCACAAUCUACACAAACCAUGGAAAAAAAGUGUUAUCUGAAAAUUUUGAAGCUUCAUCACUCAAAAACACGUUCUGUGGCGAGAUCAUGUCUCUUCUUGCGGAAUCACACCUCCCAAAACUACAUUCCAGCCAAGUUUAAUCAAUAAUUCGACAUAGAGAAGCCCUUGUCAGAAAAAUAUAUAGCUGCUGGAUCAGUUCUUUGAGCUCGAAUUUUCACGAGUUAACAGAGUAUAUUACAUUACGCGACAGGAGAGCUGGUACUUUUUUCACACGCAUCUCAAUGGGGAUGGCAAAUAGAGCAAGGAGCACUCGGUCUGCGCGCGAAAUCUCUUAGAAAAGUUCCCUCAGCACUACUGUAGACACGCGGAUCGCUGUGAGAAUAAUGGCUUGCUUGGAACUUUGAGAAAAACAUGGAACUUCAUAUGGAACUUCUAUUAUUUCAUUAUUUUAAAAAGUAAACGUGUAUCACAAGGAAGUCAUUUUAGAGUGAGAUUGGAAAUUUUCUGGAAUUCAGCCAAAAAAUAUACCGGAUGUAUAGCCUGUGAACUACGACUUGGAAUUUCACCAAACGACAUUCCGCUGUGCCGCUGCGCGCCUUUGCGAACCUUGGUAGCGCUUUUAAUUUUUUUGUUUUGUUUUAUGAAAGUACUCUACUUUCAUGUGCUCCCCCAGCAAUAACAAUUAAUUGAAAGCGUGACCUUGAUUCGAAAGACGCUUCGCGAACGCACGCAGCGGAACAGCGGAAUGUCGUUCGGUGAAAUUUCAAGUCGUGGCACACAGAAUAUAACUGAUCUGCCUGUUUUUCACAUGUAGCUCUUAUACAUGUCAUACCUCGUAAAUUUGAAUACUCCAGUUAGUCUGUGCCCUCUUCUCCCCCACUAGCGAGGUCAUAGAAGGGAAAAAGAGCAUCAGGGAGAGAAAAUACGACGCAGAGAUACCAGACGAUUUUGAAGCUUGUCAAUUAAAUUAUUAUUUUAUUAUUUUCAUGCUCAUUUUUAGGACGCUCAAUGGAACCAGCUGUCUUAUACUUUUCAACCUUCAAAAUCCAUAAUUAUCAACACUGUGAAUAAAAUACAAAGUACUCUUUCAAAUUUUCGAAAUAAGUCAUAUUUCCUUAUGAAAACCUUAUCAUAGUGAAGCUUGAACCUUAUCGCGCUUACUCAGCCCAAAGAAAGGGCAAAAAUGUCGAGACAAAUGCAAACAAGUGUUUAUAACCGCCUUCAAAAUGGGGGUUCAGACCGAUUUACGAGCUCUUCUCCUAUUGUUCCUGAUCGUCUAGAAAAAGAUAGGAAAAAAUAGAAGAAGGAAUCGUUUGAUUUUCGGGUCGUGAGUCAUGAGCGAAAAUUUCAUGGUUCUAUUGUCUCUUUUGAGAAUAAUUGAAAUUGAUAGGGGCUUCGAUUGAAGAAUGGCUUGGCUCGUUUUCACUUCCUUUCUCUUUUUUUUUAAUGUUCAAUUUGACGGGUUUCUUGGAAACUUUAGAGAAUGUAAAUUUUUGGCUUCAAACUUUUUGGUCUUGAUUUAAGCACAUUUUAGAGCCUGUAAAAUUAUUCUCAUUUUUAGAAAAAUAUUCUCAGAUUCUGGAAAAAAAAACUCAGUUUUCUAGGUUUUCCUAAAAAUUUUUUCCAGAAUUCUAGGUUCCUCAUAGUUCUAAAAAUCAUUUAAAAUUAUCAAGAUCUCUCAUUUCCGAAGACUCCCAGCAUAUUUUCAACGCUUCUCAGACCUUCAAAGAACGAAAAAUUCCGAAUGGCUUCUCCGAGUUUCGCCCAAACAAGGCUACUCAAACAGCUGACCACAAUUUUGUUGCCAAAAAUUGGCUCGAGGCCGGCUUUUCCGUUUGUGUGUAUGUGUGUGUUUGCUGGAAAACGUGGAAAAGUGGGCGGAGCGACGAGACCCUCAGGGCUUCGUAUCGACUCAUUUUUGGCGGGCUGCCACAGGCGCUCAGCUCUUUUCUUGCCCGCUUUUUCAGCUCAAUUGUAGCUUUUUUCAGAGUCAAGUGUGGUUUUGAACUGCUUUGGACGUUUUGAAAUGGCUCAAAACGGUUUAGAUCACCUCAUUGUGGAUUACGGUACCUUAGAGAUUGUCUGGAGAACACCUAUUUGGAUGUAGUCUGAAAUUUUUCAGUAAAACUCUUUUCUUGAUUUUAGUUGAAAGAUUCUGUUCCUAGAGCUGUUUGGCACGUUUACGAUACCCUUGAGACCUUUUCGUAAGUUAUUCUUCUUAGAUUUUGUAAUCGAAAAAAAUGGCAGUGGAAGCUUUUUUUACAUCCUGUGCAGAGGUUUUUUCCUUUUUCCAAGGGCACAGAAACACUAGCAGAGCGGUUGCGAAACCUUCUUUCGUUAAUAAUUACACAAAUUUCGAAAUCUAUUCAGGAUGACAGAGAGCUUGACCACAUUCUAGGCUAAAAGGUUCAUAGUUAAGGAUUUAAAGAUGAAAUUAAAGGAAAAAAAUACUUUGAAAUGGAUCUUUUGGAGAUCCUUGUUAGAGAUGGCCAAACUCAGCCUUUUUAAAUAAUUUCGACUCAUGAAGAGUUCCUUCUCUCUCACCCAUACAGUUACCCAAUCCGAACUCGAAGAAGAAGAAAAAAAAACGAAGAAGAGACGCUUUUUUUUGCUUGUUUGUUCGCUCCCACGCGGUGUAAUCUCUUUAGCGCACUAUCAUCUUGCAUUGUCAAACAAGACAAUCGCCUUGUCUUGCUUCAACUCUGACGUGGGGCGGAGAGCUUCCGUUUCACCUGUUUUCCACCCGGGACUGAGAGCUUUGAAUUUUAAAUUUUGUGAUUUCAGAUGGUCCGUGGCUGCUUCUGCGACUGCUUCGGGCCUUUCCGCCACGGUGAGUUCCAUUUUUUUUUUCUUUCAGUUCUUAGGUGUUUUUAAGUGAAUUUAAUAGGAAUGGUUGCUUUAGGAGCUGUAGAAGCGAAAUAUGAGCCUUUAUUUGUAUUGAAUGAAGAAUCAUUAAGAAAAGAAGGUUGAGAAACUUACCCGAAAAGGUUGUGAAGUCACAUUUUUGUCUACGAAAAGCUGUAGAGGAGGAUAAAAUAAUAAUGCUUAGCCUUUGUGCUCUGUUGAUUAUUUUAAGCAGAGGUUUUUUCAAAAAAAAAAAUGGAGACUUGAAAAACUUGAACAGUAACGCUAAGACCUACAAGGUUUCGGGUUUUGAAUGAGUUGGGAUUUUUUUUUCGUUGCUCUGGCUUUUUUGCUGGCCUCUUCUAAUAAUGUGCUUCUUGACUCUUCCAAUUUAAGCUUCAUUUUGAUCAACUUCGGAAAGAAAUAGACCGAUUCAGAUCCCGACGUGUACGACAAGCCACUGGAUCCGGAAGAUGCCCGACAUUGCCUUCGUAAACUCAGGGAACAUAGGGCUCGAGAGGUGACUUUUACCGCAAUUUCAUUCCAUUCAAAAAAAAAAUAAAUUUUCAUUACCAGCUUGAAGGUCAAGAGAAAAUUGAUAAAGUAGCGCAAAUGGCUCUAUUCUGUGUAUAUCUAGAGACAGAGAUUGAGUUUUGACACCGGUGGUCAUUUUACUUUGCGGCUCAAAAUUUACUGAAAAUGUUCUUGAAAACUCUUCAAAUGUAGAAAGAUGAAGAUCCCUCAUUGUCUCUACCUUCUUGUUUUAGAUAUUAUUUUUAGAAGUUCCCGUUUAACACAGAAAUGGGCCUAACAAGGAGGUCCCUUUACUUUGAGACUUGCAAUUUUCCACAAAUUUGCUCCAGCAAUCCCAGAACGUUCAGAUAAAGAUCCAUCAUAGUCUCUACCUGGCCCAAAUUCCAUUUUUUAAGAUAAUUAUUUUUGAAGUUCGGGGUUAUAAAGCCUGAAGCCCACUUUUCGCAAAUUUGGAAUAUAUCUCUAAAACUUAAAGUUUGCGCAGGCAGCGACUAUGUGGAAUCUCCAUCUUAACCUUCAGAAAAUGUUUGUAAAAAUCAAAAAGUUCAAAACAGAAAAGUAAAAAUUCCUCCCUGGGAAAUGCGUUUGUAAAUCCGAAAUUUCGUCAUAUUUUCGUAUAGAAAGGUCGAAAUUUUGCAGGAAAUGCGGAACCAGCCAUUGGUAGCCCCACAGGAGUCGUUUGCUGCGCCGUACCCGCCGACGGCUCCGAUUCUUCCGGCGGUCAGUUUUAGAAUUUUCAAUUUUCAAUUAAAGCUUCAGUUGGAUUAUGAUCGGUUUUCUUAGAAAGCAAGCUCUAAAGAACAGCGCCUCUAACUGGCCGGCCUCGCCUUUUUUUAGUUUCAAGCAAUUGACAAAUGAGGGCGUUGACGGCUAGUAAAGCUUUUGAAAAACAAAAUCAAACUUAUCACAACUGCUUAUCAAAAUUCAAUUUUUCAUGUCCUGACUUAUCGUUUUCUAAUUUAAACUCUUAGUUGAAACUAAUUUUUUGGACAUAGUUUCUUAAAAAUAAUUGAGUUUUUUUUUUGAGCAAAAAGGUUUCAGUUUUAAAUGGAGCAGGGUGGAGCUUGAUAAUUUGAAUUGAGAAGUGAGAGAAGUUAUAUUGAAAUAUUCCGGCUCAAAAUUGUGAGCCAUCCCAUGUGCGACCGACGUUUUUUUUCAAAUUUUUGGAGCGACUAUCAAACCUUUAACUUUAAUUUUCAUCUCGUUUUACAAUGAUAACUGAUUAAAAAUUUUCAGACAGCUCCUCUGCAACGGCCGCCUUCCCCACCGCCAGCCUAUUCACAAAUCGACCCGUCUACUCUUCGUUCUUCAAAUAUUUAA